UACACGAUUGGAUGUUUGCACAAUGAAGCGUACAGUUUCAAAAUCGAGAAUUGUCAACAUCAUCAAAUCCAAACAAUCAAGCGCCAGAUUAGGCGAAGUGGUACAUACGGCGAUCUUUCUAAACUACAUAUUAUUCCUAAAGAGGCUGGCAAAGCAAUCAAACGAAGCGGCAAUGGCCGAUAAAUCCAUGACCCUGACAGCAAAAUAUGUAAAGUCUUCUGCGCAAUCCACAUACGAUUCGUUGCGCGGAUGACAAGCGAAUCGGAAGUAUCCCGAUUUCUCAUUGACUAGAUCACCGAAGCAAAUCUAGGUUGUAACACAUGACUGUAUCAGACAGCAGCUUGAAUUCCUGCGUUCUUUCGGCGGCGAAUCUUUAAUCGGAAUCCGUCGGAAGGUUUCGACGCGCGCACAUCUCCGCCCCAUUGUGAUGUGAAGCUAUGAUACGCCGACUCGCACGUGUAGCGGGCCACGCCUGCGCUAGACGAUCAUCCGUCGCAACAACGCAGCCACGGCGUGCGACCGGUGACGUUAACGACCACCGCUGCGGCGGCGUCGCCGAUUUCGCAACUUUCGCGGACGUGCUCCGGUCGCCAUGUUGAAUCAAGCGGCGGUGGAGGCGUUGUAUUCGGCGGCCUACCUCGACGACUAUGUCGACUGCAUGGAGUUUCUUCCUAAUGAGCUUCAGCGUAGCAUCACACAGAUGCGAGAGCUCGACCUCAAGUACCAGACGCUGCUGCGCGAGAUGGAGCAACACUUGCAAGUGUUCAGGGCGGAAACAGACAAUGUUGCUAGGAAGCGGAGCCUUAUCCACAUCCAGAGGGCGCUGAUAAAAACGCAAGAACUCGGCGAUGACAAACUCCAGCUGAUGUCACAAGUGAUUGACGUCAUUGAGAACAGGGCCAGGCAGCUGGACACCGACUACCACAGUCUCGAGAUGGGCAAGCCGGAGGAGAAGUCGGACGUCGCCCGUCAGCAGCCUGAGGAGCGUGGCGCCACCUACGUCGUCCCGAUCAGCCGUGACAAGGCAUCCCUGAAGCGCUCCCGCCGCGCGAAACCAGACACCGCCGCCAUAUUGCGCGACGUCGUCGUCCCGCUAGAGGUCGUCGCCGCUCCCGUCGUCGUCGAGGAGAAGCUGCGGCCGAAGAAGAAGAAGCGGAAGACGAAGGUGGAGAAGGAGAGGACGCCGGACUCCCCCGUCGCAGAGGCGAUCGAUCCGAAUGAACCGGUGUACUGCCUCUGCCAGCAGGUGUCGUUCGGCGAGAUGGUCGGGUGCGACUAUGAGCAUUGCCCCAUCGAGUGGUUCCACUUCUCCUGCGUGAAACUCGUGUCGAAGCCGAAGGGAAGGUGGUACUGCCCGCGUUGCCGCGGUGACAACAGCAAGACGUGUCGCUACAAGUAGCGUUCGCGCGUUGCCGCGGCGACGACAGCGAGACGCAUCGCUACAAGUAGCAUCCGCUCGUUGCCGCGGCGACGACAGCAAGACGCGUCGCUACAAGUAGUGUCCGCGCGUUUGUGUUGAAGCGGGAGAGUUGUGCCUCGCUGUCCCUCGCACGGCAAACAAUGUGACUUUCAAAUGCAAUUUCGGACGGUGUGUGUGUUUGGGGAGGGAUGUUUAACGUGAGGCUGGUGAGGUUCGAUCACCGAUUGGUGAACUUCGACGGAAUCCUUGCUCUAGGUGGGAUUAGGACGGCAACUCGUUACACCUACGUCAGGUGCUAAGUACAUAGUGCCUCCCCUUCGCUCCAAUACAAGAUUACUCGUGGUUUCUCCAGGGACUAGACUGUGUUUUAAAACGAGGCCUUGACCUGGAGGAUAAUGACACUACCAUCAACGUUGGCUGUGUACUGACUGGUUCAGCCGACCAAAGAUAUUGGUAUCAGCAUUCUGAGACCAGCGUGCUGGCUGCCAGUGUAUUGUCUGCAACGGCUCUGCAUGACUGACUGAAGAACAAUGACAGACAGACUGACUGACAGUUAGCACACUCUCAUGCAUAUACGUGCACAUAUAAGCUAUCAUCAUCAUCAUCUGCCUCUUUUCUCUCCUCUCUCCCUCCUUUCUCUCCUCUCUCCCUCCUUUCUCUCCUC